ACGCCGGAAACAUGAAAUAUUUUUUUCUAAAGCAACGUAUUUAUAGUUCUUUUCCCUUUCCAGCAGUUGGCCCCCAAAGAAGGAACGCCGAGUCCAAAAGUUUGUGAGUGCAGGAAGGAAAUGCCAGAAAUGCUAUCUUAAUUCAUAGGAAAAGCCAACGGCAACAACAGCUGUCAUAAUGGCCACUGUUCCUUCUCUUCUCAACGCUUCUUUCCUCACCCCAAAACCCCUCACUCAACAUAAAACCCUCCCUUGUACAAAACCCACUUCCCUUUUCUUCUUCCCUUCCGCUUUUGCUUCUUUCUCCACCCUUCAGCGACAUCGUUUUAAUGGACAGACGCCUAUAGCUGCAUCUCUUAAGGUGACUUUUGGUGAGAACGUGGGCCGUUUUAAGAAGACUUUGGGUGAUUUUACUAGCUUAAACUACUGGGUCGUUCGGGAUUAUUAUCGUCUUGUCGACUCUGUUAAUGCACUCGAGCCAGAGAUACUGAGGCUAUCUGAUGAGCAGCUGACUGCUAAAACUUCUGAGUUCAAGAAAAGGUUAAGCCAAGGACAUACUCUUUCGGAUAUUCAAGCUGAGGCAUUUUCUGUUGUUCGUGAAGCUGCAAGAAGGAAGCUUGGCAUGCGCCAUUUUGAUGUGCAGAUUAUUGGUGGAGCAGUACUUCAUGAUGGUUCAAUUGCUGAGAUGAAAACAGGGGAGGGAAAAACAUUGGUUUCCACAUUAGCUGCAUAUCUUAAUGCACUGACUGGUGAUGGUGUCCAUGUGGUAACUGUGAAUGAUUAUCUUGCUCAACGUGAUGCUGAGUGGAUGGGUCGUGUUCAUCGCUUUUUAGGUCUUUCAGUUGGGCUUAUUCAGAAGGGGAUGACAGCUGAAGAGAGGAGAACUAACUACCAAUGUGAUAUAACAUACACCAACAACUCGGAACUAGGCUUUGAUUAUCUCCGAGAUAAUCUUGCUGGAAACAGUGAUCAACUUGUGAUGAGAUGGCCAAAACCAUUUCAUUUUGCAAUUGUUGAUGAAGUUGAUUCUGUUCUCAUUGAUGAAGGAAGAAAUCCUUUGUUAAUAAGUGGUGAGGCUAGCAAAGAUGCUGCACGUUAUCCUGUUGCUGCUAAGGUGGCUGAGCUGCUAAUGAGGGGUCUGCAUUACAACACUGAGCUUAAAGAUAAUUCAGUGGAGUUGACUGAAGAAGGAAUUGCACUUGCUGAGUUGGCUCUUGAAACAAAUGAUCUGUGGGAUGAAAAUGAUCCCUGGGCAAGAUUUGUGAUGAAUGCUUUGAAAGCUAAAGAAUUUUAUCGGCAGGAUGUCCAAUACAUUGUCAGAAAUGGGAAAGCUCUCAUUAUCAAUGAGCUGACAGGCAGAGUUGAAGAAAAACGGAGAUGGUCUGAAGGGAUUCACCAGGCUGUAGAAGCAAAAGAAGGUUUGAAAAUUCAGGCUGAUUCAGUUGUUGUGGCUCAAAUCACCUACCAAUCACUAUUUAAGCUCUAUCCAAAGCUUUCUGGGAUGACUGGGACUGCUAAAACCGAAGAGAGGGAGUUCUUGAAAAUGUUCCAGAUGCCCGUUAUUGAAGUGCCCACUAAUCUUCCAAAUAUUCGUAAAGAUUUAGCCAUACAAGCUUUUGCUACUGCUAGUGGGAAAUGGGAAUAUGUUAGUCAAGAAGUGGAAUACAUGUUUAGACAGGGCCGUCCAGUUUUAGUUGGGACCACUAGUGUUGAGAACUCUGAACAUCUGUCAGAUCUGCUGAAGGAGAGAAAUAUCCCUCACAAUGUCCUGAAUGCACGACCUAAGUAUGCAGGAAGGGAAGCUGAAAUUAUUGCCCAAGCGGGGCGAAAGUAUGCUAUAACGAUUUCUACCAAUAUGGCUGGCAGAGGAACUGACAUUAUUCUUGGGGGAAAUCCAAAAAUGCUUGCAAGAGAAAUUAUAGAGGACAGCUUGCUUUCCUUUCUGACAAGAGAAGCUCCUAAUGUUGAAAUCGAUGGCAUGGAAAUUUCAAGAAAGGUGUUGUCAAAGAUAAAGGUUGGACCAUCAUCAAUGGCUUUGCUAGUUAAGGCUGCCUUAAUGGCCAAAUAUGUUGGCAAAAGUGAGGGAAAGAGCUGGACAUAUCAGGAAGCAAAAUCUAUCAUCUCAGAGUCUGUGGAAAUGAGCCAGUCAAUGCCUCUGAAAGAGCUUCAGAAGCUUAUUGAUGAACAGUCUGAGAUGUACCCUCUUGGCCCUUCUAUAGCUAUUACUUAUUUGUCUGUUCUUAAAGAUUGUGAAGUACACUGCACCAAAGAAGGGUCUGAAGUCAAAAGGCUUGGGGGGCUUCAUGUGAUUGGAACAUCUUUGCAUGAAUCCCGUAGAAUAGAUAACCAGCUUCGUGGUAGAGCAGGAAGGCAAGGGGAUCCUGGAUCCACACGGUUUAUGGUGAGCUUGCAAGAUGAGAUGUUUCAAAAGUUUAACUUUGAUACUGAGUGGGCUGUGAAGCUUAUUUCAAAAAUUACAAAUGAUGAAGAUAUACCUAUUGAAGGUGAUGCAAUUGUGAAGCAGCUUUUGGCACUCCAAAUCAAUGCAGAGAAGUAUUUCUUUAACAUUAGAAAGAGCCUGGUUGAGUUCGAUGAGGUUUUAGAGGUUCAAAGAAAGCAUGUCUAUGACCUCAGGCAAUUGAUUUUGACGGGUGAUAAUGAAAGUUGUUCCCAACAUAUAUUCCAAGAAAAGUUGCUUGAUAGGUACAUGCAAGCAGUGGUUGAUGAAAUUGUCUUUGCAAAUGCUGAUCCAUUGAAGCAUCCAAGAUACUGGAGUUUGGCUAAGCUUUUGAAAGAGUUCGUUGCUAUUGCAGGGAACCUAUUGGAUGACUCAUUUGCUGCAAUUUCAGAGGAAGAUUUACUCCAAUCUCUUAAACAGCUACAUAAUUCAAAUUCUGUAGCUAUUGACACUUUUCACCUUCCAAACUUGCCAAAGCCUCCAGAUGGUUUCAGAGGAAUCCACAGAAAAAAUUCUUCACUUAAACGCUGGCUUGCUAUUUGCUCUGAUGAUUCAACAAAGAAUGGGAGGUACCGGCCAAUGAUUAAUCUUCUCCGUAAAUACCUUGGGGAUAUAUUGAUUGCAUCAUAUUUGAACAUUGUACAAGAAUCUGGUUAUGAUGAUGUGUACAUUAAAGAAAUUGAGAGAGCAGUUCUUGUCAAGACUCUGGAUUGUUUCUGGAGGGAUCAUCUUGUGAACAUGAAUAGGCUGAGUUCUGCGGUAAAUGUAAGAAGCUUUGGACACAGAAAUCCUCUUGAAGAAUAUAAAAUUGAUGGGUGUCGAUUUUUUAUCUCAAUGCUCAGUGCAACACGAAGGUUAACUGUAGAAUCGCUCCUGCAUUAUUGGUCAUCCCCUAUGGAAUCACAAGAGCUAUUUUUGUCAUGAAAGCAGAUGUUGACAGAGCUACGUUGAUAUUGAUUAUAUUCACCCUCUAGGGAUGUAUGUAAUGCAUUUGGAUUGGAUGAAGUUUCCGUGCCAAGGUCUUCAGUGACCUACAGUUUGAUGAAAUCUCAUCAAUCGUUUACUGAAGAGAUCACAUAGUUCUUGCAAGGGGAUUGUAUAGUUCUUAUUCCAUUUUCAGUCUCAUUUUUAAGGCAAGUGCUCCUGUCAGCUUUGCAAAGAAACUCUUCUUUCGGUGGCAGGGUGACCAACGGACUCGGGAUAAUGUCUCGCCACAUGGCUUAUUAAUAACUUGGAUUGUGGAUGCUUUUUUAGUUCUAAGGAACAAGUUUUCCAUUUUAUUGAAGAUGCAACUGCAACUGUGCGAAUGAAUUAUACACUGAUCCUUAUAUCACUCAGAUAUAUAUAACCUACAAAGCUCUGUUUUUGGCCAACAAGUUUCACACUGCUAUUGAAGUAGCCUGGAUUUUUGCGGUAUGCUUAAGGCGAUGGUCUACAAAGACUUUGGUUGUACCAUAAAUUUUAUCACCAAUGAAGAGUAUGCCUGUUGUACAAUACCAUCAAAAUUUCUCAAAGUUUAUCCUGGUUGUAUUUAUGUAUUAAGAUCAUGGAAUUUUUGUCAUGUGCUGAGUUGAAAGCAAAUAUGAAAAUUUUUGUCAAUGU